AUGGUAUUCCAAGCACCGUAUCCUUCGUACGACCCCAUCGACAAGGAAGGCUACGAAACUGUCCAGAAGCGAUGGCCGAUCAUCCUUACUGGAGUCGUGAACCAGCUUCAUUUAGAGAAUCACGAUCUUUUUGUUAGUUUAGGACAAGCCGAUGGCAAGGAUUCGCUGGAAGGAAAGCUUGCAGAAGGGAAAUCCCUCAUUGAGAAGGUUAGUAAGCUCAAGUAUGAGAUGGCGCGGGAUCAUGCAUUAGAAUCUCUCCCUCAAGACGGUGGUUCACAAGUAGAGACAUAUAAUGCAGAGCUGGAACGACUGGCGGCUAUCUCGAAGAAUACGUGGUUUACUGCCCCCUGGCUCUUUGCAGAAUGUUAUCUUUAUCGUUUAAUCUGGUCCUUCCUAUUGCAAACAACGCACUGGCGUCGAUACGAUCCCUUUCGUGCACAGAAGAUCGACGCGUUUCAGAAAUCUGGAGUCGCAAUAUAUAGUUGGGUCGCUCAGUUGAAUACAGAGAUCGCAACAAUUAUCCAUGAAUUGGAUCAUGCGAAGAAAAACAUAGAGGAAAAUGUUGAUAACCUGAGGGUUUUGUUUCAAGAGAUGGUGCAGAUGUGCUUAUGGGGAAACUCCAUCGAUUUAUCGCUAUUAACAAACUUGUCCUUAUCCGACAUCGAGCAUCUUCAAGCUGUUGGCAAAGACGCUCAAGCAGCUAGAGAAGCGUUCAUUUUGAAAGACGAUCAGGAAACUGCAUGGGACCAUCUCAAGUCUCUCAAGGACGGAAGAAUAGAUUUUGUGCUUGAUAAUGCUGGAUUUGAACUCUUUACGGACCUGGUUUUCGCCGACUUUUUGGUCACUCAUACACCAUAUGUUUCCAAGGUCGUUAUGCACCCUAAGUUGAUUCCAUGGUUUGUAUCCGAUGUAACUCCAUCCGACUUUUCGCAAACCUUUGAUCUUCUCCUUGACGACGCGUUUUUGGCUUCAUCGUGUCCAACCGAAGCAGAGAAGAAACACCUUCGGUAUAUGACGGAAAGGUGGAAAGAUUAUGUAGAACGAGGCAUUUUCUCGUUGUCCGUACCAAUAAGCACUCCUCUUGGAGAAGGAAUAGGCUCCACAGCUGAUUUCUGGACGACUCAUUUACCCUACUGGAACAUGAAGAUCCAUGCUCAGUCUCUGUGGACCGAUUUUCAUCUGAACAGCAGCCUUGUUAUAUUUAAGGGAGACCUAAAGCUGACGGGGGACAUAAGCUGGCCAACGCUGACUCCAUUUAGGGUGGCCAUAGCAGGGCCUUUGGCGGGAUCUUUCCCUCUAUUGAGUCUCCGCACUAGCAAGGCUGAUGUUGUCGUGGGAGUUAGUAAUGAGGUAGCUGCGCAGCUUAAUAAAACCGACAAGCACUGGCGAGUAAACGGGCGGUAA